CCGUAAAAAGUAAACUAGGAAUAGACGUAUGGGGCCUUCAGGCCUGUAACAUCCGAUAAGGGGGAGUUCUAAAGUUGAGGAGGUGAAGAACUGUAUUUUGCCUUUGUAAUCCAUGCCUUACGGGGAGCAGAACACGAAUUACUGGGUAUCUCACAAAGGAGAAUACAAAGAAUGUCCCUUAAGUGUUUAUCUUUGAAAGGGCGGGAGGAAGCUGUCCACAGGACACUGAAGCUGGGAAUCUUGCAGAACUUGAUUUUUACAAGAUAAUAGAAAUUAGUAUCUUCAUAUAUGACUGUCUUCUUGAGCAAGUAAUAACUGGAGAAUAUGUCUUGUGUGACCAACUCUGAAAUAGAGUCCAAAUAAAUGUUAGGCUGUGGGGCAGGUAGGUGGAGAAUCUCUGGAGUGUGGGCACUAGUGAUUGCUAGCUCAGCAUGUGAAACAGUACUUUCUAAAAUUACUUUUUUUUUUUCCCUUGGGGUCGGGGAGGGUAAGGCAAGGUCUUGCUAUGUAGUCCAAGCUGGCCUCGAACCUACCAUCCGCCCGCUUCAGUCUCCCACGCACUGGGAUUACAGCAGCACACCACCAUGCCUGGCUUAAACUUCCUUUUUUGGCUUGGGAAGGCUGGAUGGGAUCUACUGUGCUUCCUGCCUGGUCCAGCCGUGCCGUAGAAGGUCGGUUUAGUGGGCUGCAGGAGGUUGUGUGCUUUGGAAAGUAACUGUCGUUUGCUGUGCACCUGGUAAGCUCUGUAGCAAGGGUUGACUUUUCUGGAAAUGGAUUCUUUCUCAUUCUGUGAAAAACGUUUCAAGUGUCAGGUUAUUGUUUAGAAAAAAUAAAAAUUAUUUUGCUGUCUACAUUUUAAGGAUCCUCAUGAGAAGAACUAGAAGGUCUAUGACCAAAUUUUUCCACUUCCCCUCCAUCUCGAAUAUUAGCCUACUUAUGCUGCAAUGUAGACUAUACUAUUUCCAAAUUAAUUUGACUGUUCUCUUAUUUCUUGAUUUCCCCAGGGAAUGAAAGCUACUGGUUGACUUAGAAACCCCUGGGCGUCACAGAUUUGAAGACAUCCCAGAGUAAGGCACGAUGUCAACAGCAGGAGUUGCUGCUCAGGAUAUUCAAGUCCCAUUAAAAACUGGAUUUCUGCAUAAUGGCCAAGCCUUGGGGACUAGGAGGAGCUGCUGGGGCGGCGGCAGUGAGUUUGAGAAUAACUUUCUAAACAUUGAUCCAAUAACCAUGGCCUACAGUCUGAACUCCCCUGCUCAGGAGCACCUAACAGCUCUUGGCUGUGCUUCGCGGCCUGCUCCAGUGGGUGGCCACUUCUUUGCAGACUGUGGUCCGUCUCCAAAGUCAAGCUUGCCCCCUCUUAUUAUUCCCCCAAGUGGCAGCCUGGGACAGCGUGAAGAGGAUCAAGUUGUGUGUGGUUUUAAGAAACUCUCAGUGAAUGGGGGAUGCACAUCCACACCUCCACUUACCCCUGUCAAGAACUGCCCUUCCCCGUUCCCCUGCGCAGUUGUGUGUGAUCGUAGCUCCCGGCCGCUCCCACCAUUGCCCAUCUCUGAAGACCUCUCUCUGGAUGAGGCCGACUGUGAGGUCGAAUUUCUAACCAGCUCAGACACAGACUUCCUUCUAGAAGACUGUGCACCUUCUGAUUUCAAGUAUGAUGUUCCUGGCAGGCGAAGCUUCCGUGGGUGCGGACAGAUAAACUAUGCAUAUUUUGACACCCCAACUGUUUCUGUAGCAGAUCUCAGCUGUGCAUCUGACCAGAACAGAGUUGUUCCUGAUCCAAAUCCUCCCCCACCUCAAAGCCACCGCAGAUUAAGGAGGUCUCACUCAGGACCAGCUGGGUCAUUUAACAAGCCAGCCAUCCGGAUAUCUAGCUACACACACCGAGCUUCUCCCAGCUCAGAUGAAGAUAAGCCUGAGGUCCCUCCCAGGAUUCCCAUACCUCCUAGGCCGGCAAAGCCAGACUACAGAAGGUGGUCAGCAGAAGUGACCUCCAACACAUACAGUGAUGAAGACAAGCCUCCCAAAGUCCCCCCAAGAGAACCUUUGUCACGGAGUAACUCCCGUACCCCAAGUCCUAAAAGCCUUCCGUCUUACCUCAAUGGGGUCAUGCCCCCGACACAGAGCUUUGCCCCGGACCCCAAGUAUGUCAGCAGCAAAGCCCUGCAGAGACAGAGCAGCGAGGGGUCUGCCAGCAAGGUUCCCUGCAUCUUGCCCAUUAUUGAAAAUGGGAAGAAGGUGAGUUCAACGCAUUAUUACCUACUACCUGAGAGACCGCCGUACCUAGACAAAUAUGAAAAGUAUUUUAGGGAAGCAGAAGAGACAAACCCAAGCACCCAAAUCCAGCCACUACCUGCUGCCUGUGGUAUGGCCUCUGCCACAGAAAAGCUGGCCUCCAGAAUGAAAGUGGACGUGGGUAGUCAUGUGAAGCGCAAACACUUAUCCUACGUGGUUUCUCCAUAACUAUGGGGGUCAUGGCUCAGCGGAAGUUACAUGGAGCGGAUGGCUUCCAGUUUUCCGAUUUGAGGUUCCUGGAACAGGCUGCAGAAUGCAGUCGGACUCCGUCUUAAUGACAAAGGCUCAGAGCAGGCGUGAGGCGCUGUAUGCUGGGAGUCCCCCAUGAUCAGCGUUGGAGAAAAAGUAUAAAGAUGUGCUCGAGUGCAGGGGAGAAUGGGAAACCUUUUACAUUUGACUACAUUCUAUACCUAUGUAUAAAUGUGUGGUGUAACCAUAGACCAUAGCUGCAGGAUAACCAAUUAGUCACUGUCUUAGAGUAAUAUAUAUUCAGAAUAAUUAAAACCAAGCUGGAGGAACAGCUCCUGAUAGUGUGAAAAUUGAGCAAAAGGAAGAAAGCAGUAUUGUUAGAUCAAAUUAUAAAUUUGUGUGUUUGUUAAGUUCAAAGAUUCCUGGCGUUAGGGCCUGCUGUAUAGUUUGUGUGCCCUCCCCCCGCC